UUGUCGCUUUGAUAGUUACACUACUGAUACAUAACCUCCAAAUUGUAGAAGAAACGUCAAAGAUUGCCGGCAACUAAGUUUCAUAAUAAUUUAUUUUAUUUGAAAUCAAAAUGAGUGAAUAUAAGAUUAUUACGUCCGAUUUUAUUAAUUUGAGUAUUACAAAUUCAGGUACUCAAAAUUCUUGCAUCGAAAGAAGAUUUCAAAAGGGUAUUACAAUCGAUGAAUUUAAGGGAAAAUUAGAAUUACUUACUGGAGGAAAUCCAACAACAAUGACUAUAGAAGUAUACGAUAAAAAUGAUAGUUUAAUUUGUAAAUUAGCUGAUGGACAACGACUCUUAGGAUCAUAUCCAAUUGAUGAUGGCAUGAGAAUACAUGUUAUAGAUAAUUUUUCACGUACCGAAGAUGAUCUGAGUAAAGUUGAAAAAUUUGAAAUAUCUGAAGAGGAGUAUGCUAAAAGAUCAGAUACUGUUAAGGCAUUUUUAGCAAAAAAUAAGUUGGGAAAAUACAACGAAGAGGAUAUGAAAAGAAGAGAGGAAGAAAAAUUACGGGAAGAAAAAGCGGAAAAAGCUGCAGCUGAAUUAUGCAAAAUAGGUGAUAGAUGCGAAGUUAGUGUACCAAAUCAACCUAAACGAAGAGGUACUAUUAUGUACGUUGGUAAAACAGAAUUUAAAGAAGGUUGGUGGGUUGGUGUAAAAUAUGAUGAACCGCUUGGUAAAAAUGAUGGAACUGUAAAUGGAAAGAAAUAUUUUGAGUGUUUGCCUAAAUACGGUGGAUUUGUAAAGCCAACUCAUGUUAAAGUUGGAGAUUUUCCAGAAGAAGACUUUGAUAUGGAUGAAGAACUUUAAUAUAUAAAAUAAGUCUCCAAUUGACAGGAUGAGAUUCUUCAGUCUAAAAAUAACAUC